ACCAAAACCUUACAAAAGAAAAAACCGAUCUGAAAAAGAAACAAAACGAAAUAGCAAUUUCAGUGAGUGCUCGUGUCUUUGCAUCAGUGUGUCAUUCCGUCACUUUGUCACUUUGUCAGUGUGUCCACGAUUGUGUGUUAGUGUACCAAGUGCCCCUGUGUGUGCGUGUGUGAACUUUGUGGUAAAGGUCAGAAACUCAUAUGAAAAUGUCGAGCCUGGAAGCAUUGUCAACAAAAGCCGCUGUCAACGACAAGGUCUCGUCAGUGGAAAUGCAUCCAGAAUUCUCGCCAGCUCCACCGGGAUCGAUUGCCGCCAGCAGCAGCAUCAGCAGCAGCUGUAGCUCCCAUCUGAGGGCCAGUCCCUAUACGGUGGCUCUGGCCAUCCUGGUGGCCAUUGUCCUGUGCAGCGGCAGCCUGGGACUAGCCGACGGGCUCAAGUGCCACAUGUGCGGCCAGUACAAUGAAGGUGUGGGCUCCAUAACGCCCUGCACCAAUUACACCAAGGACAUAGCCCAUCUUUAUCUAAAGGAGUGCACCAAGAAGAGCGAGAAGUUCUGUGUGAAAUACGUCAGUGAGCUGUCGACUGUUCGCGACUGUGCCACCGAGUGUCAGGAGAAAGAAAUUUGGGAGACCCAAACAUACUGCUGCACCGAGGACGGCUGUAACUCGGGCAACCAGUUGGCCUACUCCCUCGUCCUGUUGGCCCUGCCCUUGGUUUCGAUGGCCUGGCCCACAUUCGUCCACUUCUGGAAUACGCGGCGUUAAGGGAGCCCAGAAAACAUAUAUUCACUCUACCAUUUUUAGUUUUUCUAAUUUAUUUUUUGUAAUAAUUUUAGCAAAGAAAAAUGUAUAAACUUUUCCACAUUUAGCAUUUAUUAUUUGGUUACAAAAAUGAUAUAUAACAAACAAAAUUCUGUGAACGGGACCUAAUCAAACUAAAAAAAGCGAUAUAGAAAAGUUACUCGACAAAUUUAGCAUUUGAACUUGUUUUUUGUGUAAUAUUUAUAAAUUAUACACAUUUAAAUGUAUGUAUAUUUUGCCAUAUAUUUACUGUUAAUACUUUGGGCUUUGUAUUUCUGACUGUCUUCCCAAGAAAAGAAACAAAACACAAACGAAAAACGAUAACGAUAGGGGUGAAAGGUCGCCCAGCAGCUUAACUAAUUCAUAUUCACAAGAAAAUAACAAUUGCAAUGCCAAAUUACUACUUAAAUCGUGUUAAAAUAAAUAUUAAAAAUGAAGAGAGAAACAAAAAACACAAAGGAGAUUAGUGUUUUUGUAAGAGAUAUAAUGCCAGCUGUCAAAAGUACAUAAGAAUCGCAAUCAUAUUAAAUAAAAAAUGGGGAAACCAAAUAUAUAAAUAUCACCGAAUUCGUGUUGAAUGCAUUUCAUGGACAUACUAAUGUACACCUAAGAUUAAAAAACGAAGAACGUAGAAAUUAAAUAGGAUCCAAAUAUCCAGCGAUGCUUGAAGAAAAAUAAAAACCGGCUUCACUUAGUGUUUUGCUUUAUCAUUUCCACCUUAAUAGGUCCACAAAUAUUACGCAAAUGUCAAAGUCACAGUGAGUUUAUUUUGGGGUCUGUGAUUUUGCACUUUGAGAAUGUAAUAUUUGCUGGUACCCCCCAGAUUAUAUGUUGUUCCUUAAGCUAAUAACCUAAUAAUGUUUUCCUUGAACGAAACAAAUUAAGAAAAAUGUU